AUGAUAGCGUUUGAUGUAUUGACUACAGAGUUCGGCCGACAAAUCUCAUAGGAAGCAUUCGCAAGCAGGGUGGGCGGAAAGGGCGAGACGUCGUGAGCCUGAGCCACAUGGAACCCGAGUCCAUAGAAAAAUCAGAGCCAACCGGCUGGGCUUCCAAAGCGUGGGCUCUACUCUCGGCUGUACGGAGCCAGUCACCGCUCAUCCAAUGCAUCACCAACUUCGUCUCCAUGGAUCUGAUGGCCAACACACUCCUAUCCGCCGGGGCGUCGCCGGCGAUGAUCCACUCCAUCGUUGAGAUCCCGGACUUCACCCCUCACGCCAACGCGCUCUACAUCAACGUGGGCACGCUCUCUCCCGACUGGCUACCCGCCAUGAAGGCCGCAGCCGAGUUGGCCUGCAGGACCGGAAAGCCUUGGGUUCUCGACCCGGUCGCUGUCGGGGCUUCUGGUUUCCGAUUACGGGCUUGUUUGGAGCUUGUGGAGCUUAAGCCUACCGUUAUCCGAGGAAAUGCGUCCGAGGUUAUUGCGCUCUCCAAGGCCUCUGUUGGACCCACGAAGGGUGUAGACAGCUCCCACGAGUCCACUCAUGCAGUGGAUGCAGCGAAGUCAUUGUCUAAAGCAAGCGGUGCCAUAGUUGCGGUGUCUGGAGCUGUUGACAUUAUUACAGAUGGGGAGUUGGUUGUUGGUGCGCACAAUGGAGUGGCUAUGAUGCAAAGAAUUACAGCAACAGGAUGUUCUGUCACUGCUCUCAUUGCUGCCUUUGUUGCUGUUGAUCCUUCACAUGCUUUUGAAGCAACAGCUUCGGCACUAUCCGUAUUUGGGAUUGCUGGUGAGAUGGGAAUGAAGAUGGCCAAUGGUCCAGCUUCAUUGCGAAUGCAUUUGAUCGAUUCACUCCAUGGGCUUGAUGAGGCUGAUGUGCUUUCUCGCGUUAACAUAACCGGCUACCGAUAAAAAAAAAAAAUUGAUACUUGAGAGCUGUAUGUAUGGCUCAACAUGAUCCAUGACUUUGUUCUGUAUCACGACUGGGGAGAUCAGAGUCCACACUGCAUAAAACUUGAGGAUUAAAAUAUACACACACAAGGAAAAGGAGAGAG